GUAUCCCCCACUACUCAAAAAUCAACCGUUCACUCUUUCACCCAAACAACCCACACUCUUAAAAACACACACGAAAACGUUUCAAAACAUAAUCAUCAAAUUCGAAUCACAUUCACUAGAGAGAAAAACAAAAACUAAAAUCACAAAAAUGUUUCGAGUAAGCAACUUCGUUGUGGGUGUAGCCAACACGUUGGUGAUGUUAGUGGGCGCAUCAGCCAUCGGUUACUCCAUUUACAUGUUCGUUCAUCAAGACGUGACCGAUUGUGAAUCAGCCAUUCGUGCACCACUCCUCACGACCGGGAUCAUCCUCUUCUUGGUGUCUUUAAUAGGAGUGAUAGGAUCUUGCUUCAAGGAGAAUGUCGCAAUGGUCUCCUACUUGAUCAUACUGAUUGCGGGCAUUGUUGCGUUACUGGUUUUCUCGAUAUUUCUCUUCUUUGUGACCAACAAAGGAGCCGGUCAUGUGGUCUCUGGUCGAGUGUAUAGAGAGUACCAUACGGUGGACUUCUCGACUUGGCUAAACGGUUUUGUUGGUGGGAAGAGAUGGGUUGGUAUAAGGUCUUGUCUCGCUGAGGCUAGCGUUUGUGAUGAUUUGAGUGAUGGUCGUGUUAGUCAGAUCGCUGAUGCGUUUUAUCACAAGAACUUGUCUCCAAUCCAGUCAGGUUGUUGUAAGCCACCGUCGGAUUGCAACUUCCAGUUCAGAAACGCGACGUUCUGGAUGCCGCCGGCGAAAAAUGCAACGACGGUUGCGACGGACAACGGUGAUUGCGGUGCGUGGAGUAACGUGCAAACGGAGUUAUGUUUUAACUGCAACGCAUGCAGAGCGGGUGUGUUAGCCAACAUAAGAGAGAAGUGGAGGCAUCUUCUUGUUUUCAACAUAUGUCUCCUCAUACUCCUCAUGACCGUUUGUUCAUGCGGUUGCCGUGCUCGUCGUAACAAUCUCGCCGCUACCGAAAGUGACCGUGCCUGAUCACACACUGUCUUUUUAU